UACAAGUGCACAAUCGAUGGCUGUGACAAAGCCUUUGACCAUGACGGAGAGCGACGGAAGCACGAGAAGAAUCACGGCGGGGAGAGACCAUACGUAUGCAGGCGCUGUGGCAAAGGCUUCCUCUAUCCGAAAGAUCUUCGGCGGCACGCGCGCACGCAUCCAGGC